AUGACUGAUUGGUCUCAUUACUCGACGCCCGACCCCGAGUUCGUGGAAGCAUCAGCGAAUACACCACCUCAACCUGUUCCGGAAGUAAAGAAUGCACUUGAAGUCGACGAGGAAGUCAUCAGACGCCAGAAGAUCGUCGUAGAGAUGAUGAGCAAGCCUGUCGAAGCCGCUGGUCCGCCUGUGGGUGCAAUUGUAGAAGAGAAGCGUAUUCCUGUGACCACACCACCGGGAGAUAUAGCAAUUAGGAUCUACACUCCGCAGUCCCAAGACGCUUCUGAGACCUUCCCAGUGUAUGUUCAUUUUCACGGCGGCGGCUAUUGUGUGGGAAAUCUCGACAUGGACGAGCUUACUUGUCGGGCGAAAUCUUCAAAGCACCGCAUUGUCGUCGUGAAUGUUGACUACCGACUCGCCCCUCAGUUCCGCUGGCCAACAGGUCCGAACGAUGCGUAUGAUGCUGUAAAAUGGAUCCUCGUGCUUUUCCAGGUAGCCUUAAAUGCACCAGGCCUACGAGUUGAUCUCAAGAAAGGUUUCAUUGUUGGAGGCAUCUCUGCAGGUGGAAAUUUUACUUGUAUAAUUACACAGCGUGCUCGAGAAGACCCGGAGCUUCAAGGUAAGAUCACAGGACAAGUUAUGCAGAUUCCAGAAACCAUUUCGCACACAAAGGAAUUCCCGGAAAACCUUAAAGAGAAGUUGAAGUCUUAUGAAGAGUUCAGGCAUGAUCCUCUGUUCCCUAUUGCGAAUCUUGAAUUGUACUUUGCUGCCUAUCAAUCUGGCGAUGCGUCUGAUCCCCUUGUGUCCCCUUUGCUAGCAAAGUCUUUCUCUGGUCUACCACCUGCAUAUGUCCAGAUUGCCGGAGCGGAUGCGCUACGUGACGAAGGUCUCCUUUAUUCCCAAAGGCUGGAGGAAAGCGAGGUCCCGACAAAAGUCGACGUGUAUCCUGGUGUGCCGCAUGCAUUCACGAUUUGGUAUCCGACAAUCGGUGCUAGCGUGAAGUGGCGAGCGGAUCUUGAUAUUGGCAUCCAAUGGCUCUUGGGGUUCGUCAAGCAAUGA